GUGGCAUCACAUCCGACAAACUACCAACCUACAUCAAGCAGAUCAAGCAGACUUUCUUCCGAGUCUCCAGCUUCAGUCAUGGCGUCUGCCGGCCUUCUGUUCCUGCUUUUGGUGUCGUCUGCCCUCCUCAUCUCCACCACGAUUGGCCCCGUGUCCGCCGACCCGAAACAACCACAGGAUAUGUCUCCAGAGGAAGUAAACAAAGUCAAAGACGGGUUUACAGCAACAAGCCGGUUUGUUCUUGCCAAAAUAGACAAGAUUACUACAGCAGUCUGCCCUUUUGUGGAACUGAUUCCAGUUUGUGGGAAAGCGUUAAGUAUCGUUAUCAGAUCGGUAGGACUGGGAGUGUCAUUAACAAACACAAACAAAGACAUGUUAACUCUCUUGGAUGAAUUAGUAAAUCUUAAUAUUAAGCUUGACCAAUAUCAAGUAGAGCAGACGUGGAACAUCUGGGCAGGUGGAGCUUACCACAAGCCAGAGAUGAAGAUUGACGUGGCAUGGAGUAAGUACACAACUCUGUUGACCAGUCUUAGGCAGGCAAAAAAUAUCAGUGAAGUGGAGAGGCAUAAGGAAGACUUUAAGAGUUCCUAUGAAAGGUUUGAGCCUGCCACUAAGACCUUGCACAAGUUGCUGAUCGCUAAAGGAACGACCUUCAUAAAUCCCCUGGGAGAUCUCCUGGCUGAACACGUUAACUGUCAUGAAAAGAUUAUCAGAGAAUAUAGCCAGUUCAUUAUUAAACUCAUGUACAAGGGCAGUAUGAUGAAUCACUUCUACUAUAGACUCAAGGACAUCGAGUCUGCAGCGAGGAUUGCUGAGGGAGCUAAAAUCUCAUUCGAGGCAGUUUCGGCUAUGUUCCAAGUCUACAUGAAGUGCAUUAACAGCAGUAUAGACUACGUCAAAAAGGAUGUUACAAAACUCAUCGACAAAAGUGAAAAGCGCUCAGAACUCGCUAAAAAAAUCUGGUCGUCUCUGGUAAAGGAUUACGACAGAUACGACUGGAUGGUCGUUGCGUUUAGGACAAAAAAAUCUGGUCAUAAAAUAAUUGAGACCAUGAACCGUCACGUCUUGUCAGGAUUUACUGAGGUGAGAAAAGACAGCGUUAGUGUGGCCGUCGCCAGACAGGUGAAAGGGACUCACACCAAGGCAGUUAUGGUCGCACAAGCUAUUGCCAGGUGCGUUGAUAAGUCAGUUCUGUGUUAUAAGGUAGCAAAGAAACUCGCCGAAUGUAGUGAAACUGUGGAAAAUAAGCCAGUGUCCCAGACGUACACAGCAGUGCACGCCUAUUUAAGAGAAGCUCACGACAGCCACAAUGCACAGGAAGUACCAGAUGAAGACUAUGAAGUCAGUGCUUCUCCUGAAGACAGCUCGGCUCAGACUCCGUACAUUUAUAGAGGGGAGUGUCAGAGAUCUCCAGCUGUGAAGGGUGGCAAGUUUGUUGUUUUAAUCAAAAGCGAUGAAGAAAUAAUGACAGAAGAUCCCUGCUCCAAGCUGGACUGUGGUGGAAAUGACAGAGGCAGCUGUGUUCCUGUGGAAGGCAUGUUCCUGGCAGUGUGUAAGUGUAAUAAGGAAUACUACGGCCAGAACUGUGAGGAGAGUUUAGAUGACUACAGGAAGUACUUAGAGGGGACAAUACUAGUGUUGGACAGUAGGCGUCGUUUGGUUGGUUCUCACCAAUGA